GGAAGGCGGAGCCAGCGGCGGCCGAGGCUCCCGGCACCCGCUCGGCUCCCGGUCUGGAGCUGAGAUUCCGGCGCGCCGAGAAUCCACAGGCAGAGAUCUGACCAGCACAGACAUGCCGGUGCUGUCCGAGGACUCUGGUUUGCAUGAAACCCUGGCACUACUGACCUCUCAGCUCAGACCUGACUCCAACCAGAAGGAAGAGAUGGGCUUCCUGAGGGAUGUUUUCAGUGAAAAAAGCCUCAGCUAUUUAAUGAAGAUUCACGAGAAGCUUCGCUAUUACGAGAGGCAAAGUCCAACCCCCGUUCUGCACAGCGCUGUGGCCCUUGCCGAGGAUGUGAUGGAGGAGCUGCAGGCCGCCUCCAUGCACAGUGACGAGAGGGAACUGCUCCACCUGCUGUCCACCCCUCACCUCAGGGCCAUGCUCAUGGUACAUGACACGGUUGCCCAGAAGAAUUUUGACCCUGUUCUCCCCCCUCUGCCCGAUACUAUUGAUGAGGAUUUUGAUGAAGAAUCAGUGAAGAUUGUCCGCCUGGUGAAAAACAAGGAACCCCUGGGGGCCACCAUCCGGCGGGAUGAGCACUCAGGGGCUGUCGUGGUGGCCAGGAUCAUGCGAGGGGGCGCGGCAGACCGGAGCGGCCUGGUCCACGUUGGAGACGAGCUCCGGGAAGUGAACGGGAUCACGGUCCUGCACAAGCGGCCUGACGAGAUUAGCCAGAUUCUGGCGCAAUCCCAGGGGUCCAUCACCCUGAAAAUCAUCCCAGCCACCCAGGAGGAGGACCGCUUGAAGGACAGCAAGGUGUUCAUGCGGGCCCUCUUCCACUACAACCCUCGGGAGGACCGGGCCAUCCCCUGCCAGGAGGCAGGCCUGCCCUUCCAGCGUAGGCAGGUCCUGGAAGUGGUGAGCCAGGACGACCCCACGUGGUGGCAGGCCAAGCGAAUGGGGGACACCAACCUUCGAGCUGGCCUCAUCCCCUCCAAGCAGUUCCAGGAAAGGCGACUAAGCUACCGGAGAGCCACGGGCACCCUGCCGAGCCCCCAGAGCCUCAAGAAGCCCCCGUAUGAUCAGCCUUGUGACAAAGAGACCUGUGACUGUGAGGGGUAUUUCAAAGGACACUACGUGGCUGGUCUUCGGAGGAGCUUCCGGCUGGGCCGCAGGGAGAGACUGGGAAGCCCGCAGGAAGGAAAGACAUCCGCAGUGGCCGAGUCUCCGGAGCUGCCGACCUACGAGGAGGUGACCAGGUACCAGCACCAGCCCGGCGAGCAGCCCCGCCUGGUGGUUCUGAUCGGGUCUCUGGGAGCCCGACUGCACGAGCUGAAGCAGAAGGUGGUGGCAGAGAACCCACAGCACUUUGGUGUUGCCGUUCCACAUACCACCAGGCCCAGGAAGAGCCAUGAGGAGGAUGGGGUGGAAUAUCACUUCGUCUCUAAGCAAGCAUUUGAGGCCGACUUGCAUCACAACAAGUUCCUGGAGCACGGUGAAUAUAAGGAAAACCUCUAUGGAACCAGCCUGGAAGCUAUUCAGGUUGUGAUGGCCAAAAACAAAGUGUGUUUGGUGGACGUGGAGCCAGAUGCACUGCAACAACUGAGGACCUCAGAGUUUAAACCCUACGUUAUAUUUGUAAAGCCUGCAAUUCAGGAAAAGAGGAAGACGCCACCCAUGUCCCCAGCUUGUGAGGAUGCAGCAGCCCCAAUUGAUGAGGAGCAGCAAGAGAUGGCCGCCUCUGCUGCCUUCAUAGACCAGCAUUACGGGCACCUGGUAGACGCUGUGUUGGUGAAGGAGGACCUCCAGAGUGCGUACAGCCAGCUCAGAGUGCUCUUAGAGAGGCUGAGCAAGGACACUCACUGGGUACCUAUUAGUUGGGUCAGGUAACUGUAUCCUAGAACAUCCAGGUUGGAGGGGACCUGGAAGACCACCUGGUCCAGGCUCCCCCAUGUUACCAUCAAGGAAUCUCAAGCGAGAGGGGCAGAAUUUUCCAUAAACUUCAUCAUCAAGAAGAGUCUAUGUGGGGAGUCUUGUUUGUUGCUGGUUUUUGUCUGUGGCUUUUCACUGCACCCCUUUGGAGCCGAAAAUACAAGUUGAAAGGGAGCAUAUCACAAAAUAACACAUGUCAUUCAUUAAAGUAUCACAGGCAAGUUGACCCUGAUUCUCUGUACCAAAGUUGAGUAGCCACUGUCUUUUGGAGGGUGGUGGUGGUGAAUGUAUACAGUACCAAUUUGCAGAGGUAUUUAAGCUUUAUAAACAGAGUGACAUUUCAUUUAUCCAGCUUUGUUGGAAGUUGAGUUGUUUUACCCAAGAGGAUUUUCCAUGCAAUUGAAGUUCCCCUGUCUUCAGGCACUAAAAUGUUGAUUUUUAACCUUUUCGAUAGUGUGUGUUUGCCUGGUAAUGGAAAACGUGGUUCUCUGCCUUCUUAAAUAGUGAGGAUUCAUCAACUUUUUUGGCAGACUAAGGCACGCUUCCCUGUCACCAUGAUUUACUGUACUCUUCUAUGAUACAGUGGUGUUUUCAGGGACUCUUGCGGAAUGUAAGGCUGCUUGUGCCUUUUCUAAAUAUUCUCAGACUCUGAAACUUGACGCUUGCUUGCUUUGAUUUAUUUUAUUCCAUCACUUGUCCUUCUUGUUACUGACAGCUCUCCUGGUUCUCACCUGUUCCUACCUUCAGAUUAUAGGGGCUCCUAUCCUGCUGCAUCAUGGGAAACCAGAUGAUUCCCCCCUGUCAUAACUAUGCCUAAGUCACAAUAAAUCAGUCCUGACCGUCAAAAUCAAAGUAUAUAGACUCUGAGUGUGGGCCUGAUGGGUUGUCUCUGAGCAAA